AUGGAACAUAACCCAUCACUUUCCAAAUCUAAGAGGGAGCGAACAAACUUGUCCACGCGGCAGGCAUUUACCGUAAACGUACACAUACUCAUACCGUCUGACCAAAACGGGACUGUUCAGCAUCACUAUGGCUUUAUGAGAUUGGUGGGGUUCAAACCUGGAAAAUUGGGUGCCAGGGCUGCCACCCCAUGUGGAUUGUCUUUGGGAGGAAUAACCAUAGCUUUCUGGGUUCCUCCAUGGUUCGCUUUAGUUCGCGAGCUCCUCGGACCUAUUAGCUAG